ACCUAUCUAGUUAGAAAAACCCUUAGAGUUGUACUUGAACCUUGAAUUUUCACUCUAUGGAUAAAAACAACACCUCAAAUUCAAAUCCUUCUGUUUGCAACAAAAUUCGUCAAGCAAUUGCAAGUAACCCAGCUAUUAGAAUCAUUAACCGAAUAUCAAGCUAUAAUCAAGAACCUAAACAUGCCAAAUUAGGUUCAAUUUCAACCUCAUCACCAUCAUCAUCGCCAUCGUCGUCUUCAUCACCAUCUCCAAAUAAUAACACUCCCAUCCAAAUCCAAACCAAACCACAUAUACCUCAACAACAGGAAAAGGGUAAUCAUAAAGAAGCAUCACCAAGAACAAUCCCAAUCAAAUUUGAGUAUUCAACACCACCAAAAGAAAAUAUUCAUGGCCAAGCACCAAAAUCUUCACCACCUUUUGCUGCAACAAAUUUACAAAGUGCAACAAACAAGGAUCAUGGACAAGAACAUCACCAUCACCAUCAUCAUCGUCAUGAUGGAAUGCAUCAAGAGCAACAAGGUAAGAAAUCAAUGAUGAAUAUUGAUGAAACUUUCAACGAGUACAUUCAACGUGCCAAGAAAAAGAUUCGAACUAUGUCGAAUAUUGGCCGGGGACAUAACAGCAUUGCAGAAGAUCAUGAGUCUCAUGGCGGUGGCACAAAUGAAAAGGAUCAUCAUCAACAUAGAGAUCAAUUCUCUGAGUUCAUCAACCGUGCCAAGAAGAAGAUUAGGACUACAACAAUAGUUGGAAAGAGUAGUUCCUUGAGGAAAGGCCUUCAACUUUUGUUCCUCCCAAGAAAUCUUCAGAUGUUACCAACAAAAGGGUACCCAAAAAAAGAGUUUUUUCCGAAUUAUCCAGCCAUGUUGAUCGAUUCAACAACAACAACAACGGUAACAGCGUUGUUCUUGAUUCUCGUGCCAACAAGAGAGCAAAGGUGGAAAAGAGUGAAGAAAAUUCAAGGAUGA